AUGGACGACAACGUUAAUUCCUUCUACUCGAACACCGAGCCUCUGUCGAGUCAGCAGCCUCGCAAGCCUAACUAUAGCCGCCCGACCAACAUUAGGAACAACAACCCUCAGCCUGGCAUGAAGAGGGCACUCGAUCUGCGUAACAACGCGGAAUACUCUUAUUUCGACGACAACACUUCUGAAGAUGAGGACGAAGUUCAGCGCAACACACUCGCAAAGAACAGCACCGCAGAGUUUGCUUCAUCUGAAGGUUUGAACAUAGGAACAUCAACAGGACCCCACGCCCUCGGCAACCGCAGAAUGGGGAAUACACAACCUAUCAUCAAUCCAAGUGAACUCCUUUCGACGGCCACCGACCGGAGCAACCGCAGAACGAAUACCCAGGCUCUCAUCAAUCCACGCUAUGAGCGCGAGCCGCUUCCCACGACCCCUAUUCGGAGCACACCAUUGGCGCCCACCAGUGCACUGUCUUACCCGGGACAGCCCUCGCAUGGACGAAAGAGGCGCAGAAUAAUUCAGCCUCCCUACCCAUCAUCAACGAACAUUCCUAAUAUCUCAAACGACGAUGCAACUCCCACCAAGCAACAGUCUCCACCACCUCCACCACCCGGCAUGUUCGGCACUCAAGCUCGCAGCAUUCGCGGCGGACGUUCAACACCAGACAUGCCCAACCAGCUCGACUUGUCCGCCGAAGAAGUGAUUCGCCAGUUACAAGACGUCCCCGGUAUGCUCGCAGGAACAUUGACAGAACUCGCCCAAAUGUUCGACGAUCUGGCUCAGAAGCACAACAUUCUCGAGGAACGCAUCACACUACUCGAAGAAGAAAACCGUGCUCUGAGAAGCCCAUCCCUCAUCUCGCGAUCGCUUCCAGCACGGCAGCAGCGGACAUCCGCACGCACGGGGACCUCCUAUCAGUUUAUUCAAGAAGACCCCGGUCGAACCUCCGACGAUCACCGUUCUGCUCGAAAGCCGAGUCUGGCUGGCUUUCGUCCCUUGAAGCCACUCAAGCCCUUUCCACCACCACGUACUUGA